GUUUUAACUCCACCUGAAAAGGAACAUAAAGAGAGAGAUAAAAUAGAUAUUUUAUCAGACCAGACAGAACAGAGAUCUUGUUACUUACUAAACUCAGCCUUAUCCAGUUUCUCAAAAGGAGUUUUCAAAAAUGAGCUCAUCAUUCUCUGCUUCCUCUGAAAUACUUAGCUCCGAGAACGGCUCUCCGGUUAUGUCAGGCGGAGAUUAUUGUCCCAUUUUGGCGGCUAGCUGUCCGAAGAAACCCGCGGGUAGGAAGAAGUUUCAAGAGACACGUCACCCCAUUUACAGAGGAGUUCGCCUUAGAAAAUCAGGUAAGUGGGUGUGUGAAGUAAGGGAACCAAACAAAAAAUCUAGGAUUUGGCUCGGAACUUUCAAAACAGCCGAGAUCGCAGCUCGUGCUCACGACGUCGCGGCCUUAGCUCUCCGCGGAAGAGGGGCCUGCCUCAACUUCGCCGACUCGGCUUGGCGGCUCCGUAUACCGGAGACAACCUGCGCCAAGGAUAUCCAGAAGGCUGCUGCUGAAGCUGCAUUGGCUUUUGAGGCUGAGAAGAGUGAUACCACGACUUAUCAUGGCAUGAACACUGAGGAGACGGCUUCUCAGGCUGAGGUGAAUGAUACGACGACGGAUCAUGGCCUGGACAUGGAGGAGACGAUGGUGGAGGCUGUUGUUGCGGAGGAACAGAGAGAAGUGUUUAACAUGGCGGAGGAGGGUGUUGUUAUGGAGGAGCAGAGCAAUGGGUUUUACAUGGACGAGGAGUGGGCGUUUGGGAUGCCGACGUUGUGGGCUGAUAUGGCGGAAGGGAUGCUUUUGCCGCCGCCGUCCGUACAAUGGGGACAUAAUGAUGACUUCGAAGGAGAUGUUGACAUGAACCUUUGGAGCUACUAAUUAAUAUUCGUAUUUAUUAUUUUUUUUUCAAUUCUUUUGUGUGAUGUUAUUCUACUAUAAAAAUUUCGGAUUCUACCUUUAUUUUUUUACGGGGAUCUAUUUUUUUAGUGUGAGAAAUUCGCCCUGGUUUUGUAUUUUUGUGUGUGUGUGCAGCAUAGUGAUCAUCCUGGUCUCUUUGUAUGCAACACAUAGAUUUUAGUUUCAAUAAAAACAGAAGAGGAAAGAGCUGCAGAAAUGUUAAUUUAAGCCAA